CAAUUUGCGGAGAGACCGUCAUCAUCUGGUCCGUCUCCUCUCCGUUCCCCUUUACAAUAUCACUGCAGCUCCUCCCCCUCGACUGCAUCAUCAUAUAAAACCUCUUAAUUCAACACCAGAGAUCUCUACGUUCGCAAUAACGCCACCCUUCACGACUAUUAAACACAAGCGCUAGUCAAUAGCAAACCGCCGCCAUGGCGCCAUUGGACGCGUUCGAGAGCACGCCCAUCGAGACCCUCCCCUCUAUCGCCUCCGGCGUGCGCAUCGCCUAUGCCUCCCAAAAGACACGCCCCAUCGCAUGGCGUAUCCAGCAGCUGCGCAAGCUCUACUGGGGGCUCGUGGAUCUCACCCCUGAGUUCCUCGAGGCAUUGAAGCUCGACGUCGGCAAGUCCGUCUACGAGUCCCAGGUUACAGAGAUCGAGUGGUGCAAGAACGACAUCGUCUUCGUCACCAAGAACCUCGAGAAGUGGGCACAGGACGAGUCACCCCCGGACAUCUCUCUGCCGAAUAAGUUCAUGAGCCCCGUUAUCCGCAAGCAACCACUCGGCGCUGUCCUCGUCAUCGGCUGCUGGAACUUCCCCAUCCAGCUCAGCAUUGGCCCGUUCAUCGGAGCCAUCGCUGCUGGCUGCACCGCCGUGCUCAAGCCUAGCGAGAUCAGCCCUGCGUCCGCGAUGGUGCUGAAGAAGCUCAUCGGGAAACUCGACUCCGACUGCUUCGCCGUCGCCAACGGAGGCAAGGAUGAGACCACCGUGCUACUGAACGAGAAGUGGGACAAGAUCUUCUACACUGGUAACUCCGUUGUUGGGACGAUCAUCGCGAAGAAGGCGGCCGAGACGCUGACGCCCAUCGCGCUCGAGCUGGGUGGACGCAACCCUGCCUUCGUUACGAGAAACACAGACCUCCGUCUCGCCGCUCGCCGCCUGCUCUGGGGUAAGCACAUCAACGCUGGCCAGGUCUGCAUCAGUCAGAACUACACAAUGGUGGAUGCCGAUGUCGCCGAUGAGUUCAUCAAGCAGCUACGUAUCGCCAAUAAGGAGUACUAUCCCAACGGCGCAAAGGCCAGCCCGGAUUUCGGUCGCAUUGUUUCUGAUCACCAUUUCGCCCGCGUCAAGAAGAUGCUUGAUUCGACGCAGGGUAAAAUUGUUAUCGGUGGUGCCACUGAUGCCGCGGACCGGUUCAUCGAGCCCACGGUAGUACUGGUCAAGGACCAGAACGACUCGCUCAUCACGGAAGAGUCCUUCGGCCCGCUCCUCCCUGUCCUCCCCGUCGCGAACCUCGACGAAGCUAUCCGUAUCGCUAACGAGGUGCACUCCACCCCGCUCGGCCUAUACGCCUUCGGCAACAAGGAGGAGGUCAACCGCAUCCUUACAGCCACCACUAGCGGCGGUGCCACCAUCGACGACACGCUGUUCCACGCCAGUAUCCCUACGUUGGCGUUCGGUGGCGUCGGUGACUCCGGACAGGGCAGUUACCGCGGAAAGGCCAGUUUCGACUGCUUCUCGCAUCGUCGUCCAAUCACCCGCACACCUGGGUGGAUGGAGAAGCUGCUCGAUAUUCGUUACCCCCCAUACAGUGGCAAGCUCCAGAAGAUGAUUGCCACCUCUGCCGUCAAGCCCAACUUUGAUCGCCAGCUGCGCACCAAGUACGGCAUCACCGACUAUCUCCGCGCCGCAUUCCUUCUGGGCGGCAGCGGUGUGACGGGGGGCUUCACGAGGUGGGUUCUUUUUGUUUUGAUCGCAGCAAUUGCGAAGAAGGGGAUUGAUAGUCGCGGUGGGUUGCCAGACUACCUGAGGUAGGGGGCUAUUGCUAAGGAUGCGUAGGUGAUCGUGCAAAGCUGUAGGUGAUGUUGGAAGGGAGUGAAUUUGGUGGAGAAAAGAAUUGGGGGGGGGAAGCGAUCUGUUGGGGAGGAGAAGCUGUUCGAUCUGUAUACUCCACCACAAUGUUGCCGUCGACACCGUAAGAUUAUGUAUGAUCCGAAAAUUUGUUUUAAGAAUACCACAACGGAGAGGUUUUAUAUGUG